UGUUCAUUCACCUUUUCCUUUUCUUCACGCACAUUUCAAAUUUCAAAACGCCUUCUUCCUCUUCUUCUUUUUCUUCUUCUCGUUUUACCUUAAUUAAGCCAAGCAAAGCAGCAACAACAACAACAGCUUCAAACUCAAACUCACCUCAACUUCCACUUGCUGUUUUCCACGUUAUCCUUUCCAAAAACCUGUUCUUUUCUCAAAUGGGUGGUUCAGGAAGAUGGCUCAAGUCCCUCAUUUCUCUCAGAAAGCCCUCCACUAUUGAUCAAGAGAAGGGUGGUGACAAGAGUAAGAGAAAGUGGAAGUUAUGGAAGAGCACUUCAGAAGGGUUUGGGAUUGGAUCAUCAAUGCAGAAGGGGCAUGGUGGUGGUGGAUCCUUUGUGGUGGACGAUGGAGCAUUUGCUGCUGCUUUGGCUGCUGUGGUCAGAACUCCACUCAAAGACUUUAUGGUCAUUAAGCAGGAAUGGGCUGCCAUUCGAAUCCAAGCAGUGUUUCGAGGUUUCUUGGCAAGACGAGCUUUGAGGGCCCUGAAGGCAGUGGUGAGGUUGCAAGCUAUAUUUCGUGGUUGGCAAGUUAGAAAGCAAGCAGCUGUUACUCUAAGGUGCAUGCAGGCUCUUGUGCGAGUUCAAGCACGCGUCAAGGCAAGGAAUGUGGGGAACUCUCAAGAAGGGAAAUCUGCGGGUGAGCAUUGCAAUGAAGCUGAUCCUGUUAAGCAAGCUGAGCAAGGGUGGUGUGACAUUCCAGGAACUGUAGAAGAAGUUAAGGAAAAAUUACAAAUGAGGCAGGAAGGAGCAAUUAAGAGGGAUAGAACAAAGGCAUACUCUCAGUCUAAGAAGAAAUCAACAGAGAGAGCGAGUUCAAAUUCAAGAGCUGCUAAGUCAGUAAUUCCUCUCAAGAACCGCAACCUAGACAGCAAGAGCUCGGGAUGGAACAUGUUAGAUCUCUGGAUGGCUGCAAAGCCAUGGGAGAGCAGGUCAAUGGUAGAAAUGUAUUUGGACUCACCUGACAUGACUCCAGUGACCAGUAAAAGUGAUCAUCUUGUUCUUCCCUUUAAUUCGGAUCAACAAAAUGGCUCAGUCAAAUCAAGAAGCAAUGGUGUGACAACCAGGAUUUCAACUAAUUCUCUUACAACUAGUCAAUCAACUCCAUCAUCUUCAGCCAUAAGCUCUGAAUGCAUGCAUGAUGAUAGUCCUAUGUCAACCUCAUGCACAUCUGGAUCACCAUCUCGACCAUCUAACAACAAUGUUACGGUGGAAGCAACAGAGGAAAGAAAUGCCUGUAAACCAAGCUACAUGAAUCUGACAGCAUCUACCAAAGCUAAACUGAAACCCUAUAGGUGUUUUUCUCAGAAUGCGAAGAGAAUCUUUAUGGAUGAUUGUGUGUCACUAAGUGGAGUUACUAGAAGCAGUUCUGGUUUCUAUCCUUCUGCUAAUACAUGGAAGAAUCUCUAUGCAACACCUCUAAGAACAAGUUAUCAAAAACGAUAUACAAUGGAAUAUAAGUAGUUGCUUCAUGACAAUAAUGUUCUAUUUCAAUUGGCCCAACAGCUUGUUGCUCAUUGGUACCUUAAUGUCAUCAGAUGAAUGUGUGUACGGAAGUCACAGAUAAUUGCUAAUUGAUACUGUAGAUAACACAAGUUGUUUGGUGUGAAGAUGGAAAGCACACCGUUUCAAUUGUAAUGUGUUUCUACGGCAAUUUAUAAAUAGUAUCCUCUUUGUUUUGGGGUAUAUUCUGUAUUCAUGUUGAUUUUUGGAGGAACAUUUAUAAUUAGUAGCUCUAAGUUGUACUAUCUGAAAGACUGAAGUACAAAAUAUGAGCUUUACCAAGAGACUUGAUUUUGACUUAAGCUUUUGUUUGAAUGCAUGUUUGCAUGUUAAAUACAAGGGCAAGUGGUUUGUAUGCGGAA